AUGAAGACGACGAUGGAGCAGGAAAACAUGGAGGAGUGGAAGAUGAAGGCCGGGACAAUGGGGCUGGCGCAAGGGCACCAACCUCAUGUGCGGGACGCGGCUGAACUUCUCCAGAAAGCAUGGGCCAGCGUCACCCCCCAGGAUAUUGCCAGGUGCUUCGUCAAAGCCGAGACGCUUCCAGAGGACAUGGCGGCGGAGCUCACCAAGCAACACGGAAAGACCCGGUUCGACAUCGCCGAGCCUGACCUGAAGGCUCUCACGGAGACUGUCAACACGUUGAGCACGAGCGUGAGCGACGCACAGAAGCAGGGAUCCGCCGUCAUAGAUGACGAGAUCGCCGAACUGCUGGCAGAACUCAACAUCGAGCCUGGACAGCCGCUCGGGGGGCAAGCGGUGAGCGCAAUUCAGGGAUGGGCUACCAUCGAGGACGAUGCUGAGGUGGUAGAGGCUCUUCGGCUGGACGCGGCGGACGACAUGGCGGCAUUGCUAGCUGGAGCGCGCAUUUCUUCCGGCUGCGAUGAGGAAGAUGAAACGGAAGAUGGCGGUGGCGGGGUCAGAUAA